UGCUCUGCCUGGAGAGUGAUAUCUGGCCAGGCUUUGGCAAGCAGAAAAAAUGUCCACUCGCUACCACCAAGCGGCUAGUGAUAGCUACCUGGAACUUCUGAAAGAGGCUACUAAGAGAGAUCUGAAUCUUUCCGAUGAAGAUGGCAUGACUCCCACACUCCUGGCAGCCUACCAUGGGAAUCUGGAAGCCCUAGAGAUAAUCUGCAGCCGAGGAGGGGACCCCAAUAGAUGCGAUAUCUGGGGAAAUACUCCUCUGCACGUUGCAGCUUCCAAUGGUCAUACCCACUGUGUUUCAUUCCUGGUCAACUUUGGUGCCAACAUCUUUGCCCUGGACAACAACUUACAGUCUCCGCUGGAUGCUGCUGCCAGCAGAGAACAAAAUGAAUGUGUUGCUCUCCUGGAUAAGGCUGCCACUGCCCAGAAUAUCAUGAACCCCAAGAAAGUUAUCAGGCUGAAGGAGCAAGCUCAGAAGAAUGCCAGGAGGCAGAUCAAAGAAUGUGAGAAGCUCCAAGAGAAGCAUGAAAGUAAGAUGGCUCGAAACUACAACAAGGAGGAAUCUGGGACUCUUUCCUCCUCCAUGUCAUCCCUUUCAAAUGCUUCUGCUUCUGGUACAUUUGGGUCCCUGUCUAAGGGCAUUAAAGACACCUUCAAGAUAAAGUUCAGGAAGAACAAAGACACAGCAGAGCAGGUAGGAAAGGAGAGCAGAAGUGAGCAGAGGAAUGUGAUGGAAGUGUUCAGAGAAGAGGAAGAAGACAGAUUCUCAGGGGAUUUCCAAGACAAGCUCCAGUUCUCAGAAGAGGAGGGCACUUGUGUGCAACAUGAAUCCAUUCUCAACCGUCCAGGUCUAGGAAAUAUUGUUUUUAGAAGGAACAAACUAUCAAGUGCUGAAGACAUCUCAGACAGCAAGAGGGAGUUAGGGUUUAAAAUGAGCAGCGAAUUGCUGCAGAGACAAGGAGCAGCAGAGGCUGAUGAAGCCGAGGCUGGUAGAGAGGAAGAGGACAACAGCCAUGAAGACGAUCUGCCUUGGGAUGAGGAUGAAGUGGAGUGGGAGGAAGAUGUGGUUGAUGCUACUCCUCUGGAAAUAUUUUUGCAGUCCCAUCAUCUGGAAGAAUUCCUUCCCAUUUUCAUGAGAGAGCAGAUUGAUCUAGAAGCUCUGUUGCUUUGCUCUGAUGAGGACCUUCAGAGUAUACAAAUGCAGCUUGGUCCCAGGAAGAAAGUUCUUAAUGCCAUAAACAGAAGGAAGCAGGUGCUACAACAGCCUGGGCAACUGGUCGACACCAGCCUUUGAUGGAAUGUUGGGUCCACAGGGUGAGCCUGCAGCGAUGGGGUGAUGCUGUGGCCCACUGGAAACACUCAGGCAACACCCCCUCUGCCCAAUGCCAGACCACUGGGAUUGUUUUCUAGGGUUUCAGAGAUACCCUCCUAAAAAAAGAAGCCCAAACUGUACUCUGAGAAAUACUCUAUACCUGUGUACUCUGACCACUAGUGAGCAACUCAGGGAGACCUGGGAAUAAGAAAAGGGUGUUUCUCUUCAAUUGUCUUUUUGAUAUUUUUGUGUAUAGAAAGUGUUAAAUGGAUGACAGAGAAGAGAGAAACUUUCUUUACUUUUCCAACUCUGGGCUUAAAAAGUAUAAUCUCUCAUCAUGCAAGUGUGGUGCAU